AUGGCUGGUAUUGCAGUACCGAAUGCAAACCGUAUGGUUAUGCUAAGUGAAGAAAACUACGUGCAAUGGAGAGAGGAAAUGAUGAUUCCCUUGCAAGGCCGUUUGACGUUUGACCCACAAAACGUGCUUGAUCAAACUGAACCACAGCGACAAUCUAUUGGUGGUGUGGAAGACGCUGAGGCUCUGGAACUAAUUCAGAGGUGGUGUGGACCAUGGGCCCAUCCGUAUGUUGAAGCUUUGGACUCAUCCAGAGCUGCUUGGGUUCAAUUGGCUUCUAUGUAUGAUCAAGGUGGAAGAAUAAAGUCACGAUGGAUAGGUCCAAACCCAGGAAGGUAUUGGAGAAAUAAUUACAGCUGGUGUCUGCCCUUAUACGAAGCUAUUUGCAGUGGUAAAUGGGAAGAAGUGCUUGACUUUUUUCAACGGUAUGUGGAUCCUUCCAUUAACCAGAUUAAUCUGCUGACAUCAAGACUUACCGUCGAUUGGGAUACUUCUCUUCACAUCGCCGCGAAAACAGGAAACGAAGAAAUUGUUAAAUGCAUGUUGACUUAUAUCAUAGAGAGUGAAACGCUAAAUAAUCUGCUGGAGUCUCAAAAUAAAGACGGCAAAACUGUGCUUCAUAUUGCUGCGUCAGGCGGAAACCUACUGAUGGCAAAGGCAAUGGUGGAAGAGUGUAGACGUAUAACAUGGAUUCGAAGUGAGAAGGAGGAUUAUAUACCGAUACUCGAGGCGGGAAAGCACCGGAAUAGAGAUAUGGUGAUAUAUCUCUUCGAUCCAACUCUUGCUGAAUAUGAAGAACACUUAAAAGGCGAGAAAGAUGCCUGGACAGAUUUGGCUGCAAUUCUUACUACGUUAAUCACUCUUGAUCUUUAUGGGAAACUAAAGUAUUUGAUGAUCAUUUUCAAGGUUUUCCAAUUAGACCUUAUGAGUACAACGGCCGUGGGAAUACAAUUGAAGCAAGCAAUGCUCAAGAUCUUUCAAGCAGAAUUUAAAUCUAGAAAACCUGCAGCAGGUAACCCCGUGGAAUCUCGUGCAAUCAACAACAAUGGUGACAUUGAGAAUCUGGAAGAUACAUCUCGAAUUGAUACUUUUGGCAGUCAAAUAUACCAUACAGUUAAUCAAAUACUACUACUGAAGCUGCUAAAAUUAUGGAAACUACUGCAGAAAAUUCUGAAUCGGUUAAUCUCGCCCUUGAAGAAAAUAUACCACACAAAGCUUACUCAUAAAAGAGCACUGGAGCUACUGCAGAACAUACUUGUCCAAGUUUCACAAGAUAAUACGUCGAUCGAAAAACUUGGAUUGCAUUCAGCAAUUUUUGACGCUACCAAAUCUGGUAUUGUUGAAUUUAUUUCUGAGAUUAUCCCUCAUCCCAAACUAAUAUCCAUCUGCUCCGUUGGAUCUGGACAAAGCAUAUUCCAUGUUGCAAUUACGCACCGCCAAGUAAAGAUAUUCAAUCUCAUCCACAAGAUUGGUCCUCUCAAAAAUGACCUCUCAAUUUUAGCUGACAACUCCAAAAACUGCAUGUUACAUUUUGUUGGGAAAUGGGAACCAACAAACAUCAUCUUGAAGAAUCAAGUCAGAGGUGCAGCUCUCCAGGUGCAAAGUGAGCUUCAGUGGUUUGAGGCAGUGAAAUCUAUUAUGCCACGAGACUACGAGAACUUCCCUAACAAUGAUGGUCAAACGCCUCGAUUGUUAUUCACGGAGAAUCAUAAGGAAUUGGUUAUAGCGGGGGAGAAAUGGAUGAGAAGUACAGCAAAAUCAUGUUUGAUUGUAGCUACUCUUAUCGCCACAGUUGUGUAUCAAGCGGCCUUCACAGUACCAGGUGGGGAGGAUAAUGGCAUCCCAUUCUUCAGUCGACAUACUGCCUUCAUGUCGUUCAUCUUCUCAGAUGCGGUAGCACUUUUUUCAUCGUCCACUUCAGUUCUACUGUUCUUGGCCAUCCUUACUUCACGCUAUAAAGAAGAGGAUUUCCUUGAGUCGCUGCCGAAUAAGUUGAUCUUUGGACUCUUUUCGCUAUUCAUCUCUAUAGUGGCCAUGAUGGCAGCCUUCUUCUCGGCCAUUCUGAUCACAGCGAAGUCAUGCCUAUUCCAUACAGAUGUGUUAUCAAUGUCAGAUGUGAAGCCCAAGAGGACCCUGGGUGGUCAGGCUAAGAAUCAGGCCCCGACUCUGAAAAUAGAGAAGAAAUUGAUGAACAAUAUAGAGUCGUGA